AUGGCAAGCGAUGACCGACCAAUUAUGCAGAUAUGUACCCACACGUUUGUUGCAUGGGCGCACACCAUCUGCCAACUUGGAAGAACACUAAAGGAAUGUCUCCAGUUUGUACACACACCCCGCGUUGCGCAGUGGAAGACGGACGAACUUGCUCAAGUUCCAUCAAAAAUCACUGUCCUAGUCAUGGGCAUUUCCACAGAGGCCGUCAUCGCCAUUGUCGCUCUAUUCAUCGCUCUUCCCCCUAUCAUAUUCAAAGUCUUGCAAUGGAUGCAUCGAGAACAGCGGCGUUCUGAGCUCCCAGCACCAGUGGUCUCCGCCCUCGCGCAAUACCAAACACCAUGGAUACCUGACUCCGAUGCCUCCCACGAGCUUUUCGCACUUACACCCCUCGAAUUUGACCGGAGCACCACGAACGCAUCAGAAUCUUUCUCACGAACGCGCGUGAUGAUGGAGUACACGAGGGUCACGGCUCGGUCGCCCUCGGCGCGGUACCUUCGGAUACCAACCUUGGGGAAGUGGAAACAGCCCUUCGGCGCCGCACCCCACUUGGACGGGACGGUCGGCCGGAAUAUUCGGACAAAAGCCAAAACUAGCAUCGCACGCUACGACCACAGAAACACAGCAUUUCAGGCGUUUGGAUAUUGUUAG